AUGCUGACCCCUUUCUUCAGUUUCGGACCUUGCUUUUUCCUUACCUCUCUUCUUUCUUCUCUCAGCACCAACACAAUUACUCCUUUUUCAUUCUUUUUUUCUAUAUUACUCUUUUUCUACAUAUCUUUCUUUUCACGUGCUGCUAUCUUCUUUUUAGUUUUCUUUUCUUUCGGUCCGCCUCUUUCAUAUUACUUUUUUUUAAUGUUUUUCUUUUACGCUGUACGCAUUUUCUUUGACUGUAUCUGUUUUUUUUGUUCCUAUAAAUUUCAUUACCUCUUUGUAACGCUACUUUAUACUUUCUGCUGUCUCUCUCCCUCUCCCCUCCCUGUUUUUGCUUCACUCGAAUCGUUAUCCACCCCCACGUCUUUUUUUUUAUUUUUCUUUCUACUCCUUCACUUCAGGAAAAAAUGCCGCCUAUCUAUUCUUUGCCAUCUUCUUUCUGAUUUUUUUUUCUCUUUUACUCUCUCUUUAUAUCUAUUUUUUCUCUUUUACUCUCUCUUUAUAUCUAUUUUUUCUCUUUUACUCUCUCUUUAUAUCUAUUUUUUCUCUUUUACUCUCUCUUUAUAUCUAUUUUUUCUCUCUUUUAUCUAUUUUUAUUUUUUUUACUCUCUCUUUAUAUCUAUUUUUUCUCUUUUACUCUCUCUUUAUAUGUAUUUUUUCUCUUUUACUCUCUCUUUAUAUCUAUUUUCUCUUUUAUUCUCUGUUUACAUCUACUUUUUCUCUUUUAGACUAUUUUUUCACUUCUUUCGAAACGUUUUUCUUUUCUUUUAUCUCUGCUUUUUUUCUUAUUUUCCAAUACUUCAUACAGUUUCUAUUUACGUUUUUUUUCUAUUCAUUUUGUUCUUUUAA